AGGUAAGAAUUAGAAAUGUCACAUUUAUGUUGGAAGCUUUCCUCACCACUUCUUUCAUCUCAGUUCUUUGCCAUCAUUGUUUGAGAGUCUCGAGCCUUCAUUUGUUCCCUCCUUCCUUCCUGCCCCUAAAAUGAAGAAUUAGAGUUCUACUCAGUCAUUGCACAGCGUUGGUCUUUCUUAUAGAAAGAGUUCCUGGGGGAGACGAGGAAUGAUGACUAACAGAGUAAAGGUUUAAUGGCGCUGGGGCUCUGUGCACAGCAGGGCCGCCAUGGAACACCGUCGACUCGCCGGUUGGAAAUGAGUCGCCUUUGAAGCUGCGUUAACUCUUACCCGUCACAAGGACCUGCAGUACGCACCUCCUGAGUCCACCAGAAAAUGGAACUUAAAAAGUCGCCUGAUGGCGGAUGGGGCUGGGUGAUUGUCCUUGUGUCCUUCUUCACUCAGUUUUUGUGUUACGGGUCCCCAUUGGCAGUUGGCGUCUUAUACGUAGAGUGGCUGGAUGCUUUUGGGGAAGGAAAGGGGAAAACAGCCUGGGUUGGAUCUCUCGCAAGUGGAGUCGGAUUGCUUGCAAGUCCUGUCUGUAGCCUGUGUGUAUCUUCCUUUGGAGCAAGACCUGUAACCAUAUUCAGUGGCUUCAUGGUGGCUGGAGGUCUGAUGUUGAGCAGUUUUGCACCAAAUCUCUACUUUCUGUUUUUUUCAUAUGGGAUUGUUGUUGGCCUCGGAUGUGGCUUAUUAUACACUGCAACAGUGACCAUCACAUGCCAAUAUUUCGACAACCGCAGAGGCCUGGCCCUUGGCUUGAUUUCAACAGGUUCAAGCGUUGGCCUUUUUAUAUACGCUGCCCUGCAAAGGGAACUAAUCGAGCACUACGGCUUAGAUGGAUGCUUGCUGAUUGUCGGUGCAUUGGCUCUAAACAUAUUAGCGUGUGGCAGUCUGAUGAGACCCCUGGCGUCCUCAGGCGGCCCCUUACCGGAAAAAACGAGCCUGGAAAAUGUUCCUGACCAAUAUUCGUUGUACCAUGAAAAGGAAAUGAAUUUGGAGGAGAACAUUAGCAUCCUUGAAAAAGGCUACAAUGAGGGGAAAUGCACGAGUCCUCUGUCCAAUGGUGACUGCAGACAAGACAGCCCGGGAACUAAGAAUGGAUUAACACCAGGUCAGGCGAAGGAGGCCGAGACUUACAAAAAGAAAGUGGCCGAGCGGACGUAUUUUUGCAAACAGCUCGCCAAGAGGAAGUGGCAACUCUAUCUGAACUACUGGGAAGAAACGGUGCUUCUUUUUAAAAACAAAGUGUUUUCGGCCCUUUUUAUCGCCAUUUUACUUUUUGACAUUGGGGGUUUUCCGCCUUCGUUGCUUAUGGAAGAUGUAGCGAGGAGCUCUAAUGUGAAGGAGGAAGACUCUGUUGUGCCUCUCAUAUCCAUAAUCGGCGUUAUGACGACCGUUGGCAAACUUCUUUUAGGAGUGCUGGCCGAUUUUAAGUGGAUUAAUACUUUAUACCUAUAUGUAGCAACCUUAAUAACAACUGGCUUGGCUCUGUGUGCCAUUCCACUGGCCAGGAAUUAUGUCACGUUAGCAAUCCUUUCUGGGAUUUUAGGGUUCCUCAGCGGCAACUGGUCCAUCUUCCCUUAUGUGACAACCAAGACUGUGGGAAUUGAGAAGCUGGCCCACGCCUACGGGAUAUUAAUGUUCUUUGCUGGACUUGGGAAUAGCCUUGGGCCACCAAUUGUUGGCUGGUUUUAUGACUGGACACACACCUAUGACAUUGCAUUCUACUUCAGUGGACUUUGUGUUCUUCUGGGUGGGCUUAUUCUGCUGGUGGUGGCCUUGCCCUCCCUGGACACGUGUUACAGUCAGAGCUCCAAGCCGCCUCCAAACACUUACCUGUACAAAGCUGCAUCUAAUGCUUAGAUGACCACUGGAAUGCAUUUUCUACCGGCAAGCGACAUAUUUUAGUGGUUUGACACGUGAUUUAUGAGCAGCAAAGACUAUUUCGUAAUUGAAAAAUGUCAUUAUUGUUGACUCUUGCAGGAUGCAGAUUUCCUUAGCAAUAUCCUCUUUUAUCUAUCCUGUACUGUAUAGUAACUUUCACCUACUGUAUUUUCUUUUGGCCCAGUAAGAGGAGGGGUUCUGCUGUUUUGUCAUCAUCGGAAGCGUGGAAACUCUCGAUAGCAUCCGGAGGCUUCUGUGCGGACAGUCGCAGCAAACGCUGUGAUCCUCUCAUCCGUCCCCGGAUCAAGAUUCCCAGGGAGAAAACCGUCGAUUCUAAAGCUCUGAAGCAAGCAGUGCGGGGACACCACUGGGAACUACACUGCUCAUCCCAAAUCUCAAUUAUGGACCAUUUGAAAUAUUGUUCUAAAAGCCAGUAAACGAAAAAAACCCAACAAGCCAGGGAAUAUAUAAGAUGGUUGAAAUGGCAUUCAAAAAUGUCGGCACGAUAGUGCAUAUCCUCACUACUUCACCUCGUGCUAGAACAAGGGGACAGUUAUUAUCUUCUUGUAUUUCAUUGACCAGAUGCCAGCGGUUUACUUGGUAUUACACUGAGCAUACAAACAUCCCCAUCUCUGUUCUCGAGGAGCUUCACGAUGAGCACGCAGGCUCAGCAGUGUUAUUGCUACCAUGGCCCCGUCCACACCAUUUGCCAAAUAAGAUGUAAUCCACUUUCUUCUGGCAGCCUCCACUCCAUAGAUGUUUUAUCAGGAAGGGUUGGUUUCAUUUGUUUGUUUCCAAAUUGGAAAUACGCUGUUUUUUUUUCUUUCAACCAUUCCACGUAGCACAAAUGGGAAACAUGGUUUGUUUUCGGCACCGUGGGAACAGACGGCCUGUAUUGGUGAACUCCUGCAGGGCCGAGAAUUCUGAUUCAUUUCCUCAGUGGUACUUAUUGAGCCCUUAUUGAGCCCCUAGUGUGUCUAAAACACUGGACUAGGUAUUUAGGGAAAGGUUCAAGAAUGAUUCAGAGAGGGUGCCGUGCUCACAGGGGGAGCUGCCCAUUAAAGUUAAUAAAUGCUCAGUAAAUACCAUUGAUGGAUUAAGGUGUGCUGGAAAUCCUCAAAUUCACAAGGCAAAAAUAGAAAUGGAAAACAAAAUGGAAAUCCCAUUACUCCAACCCAGUAGCUUUCUCCACCAGCUUCCUUUGGGAAGAACCUUUUUGAAAAAGAGAUGUUGAGUGAGUUGAAGCUCACUCUUUCAAGAUCCUUAAAGACUAAAUGGUUUUCUUAAUUUUGGAAAGCUGAAGUGAUAAGCCACUGAAGAAGAAAGCCGCAAGUAAUAGAAAAUGGUUUUCUCAACAGAGAACUCCCUUCCCAUUGUGCCAAAAUGGCCUCUUCAUUUCUUUUGAAAUAUAUAAAUCAAUAUUUUGUACUUUAUAAGUUGCCUUUCUUCUGAGGCUCCUCAAGCACUUUACAACCAUUAAUCCUCACAACACCUCUGUGAGGUACGUAGUUGGCAGUUCCGAUAGGUGGGGAAACUGAGGCACAGAGUGGUUUAAGUGACUAGCCUAAGGACACUCAGCAAAGAAGUAAUGGAGCUAGGAAAGAUCUUGAUCACCUGCUCGUUAUUCUUUCUGCUGCUACUGGAAUUUCUUCCAUAACGCACUCCUUUUUGUUCUCCUAUGUGGUAGUUAAUAAGGACAGUGGCUUAAAAAUGAACUGAUAUUCUGUUCUAACAGAGCAUGGUUUUUUCACAAUGCACUUUGGAUAGAAUAUGAUGGCAAAAUUCCCACUCUAGACUGUAAGCUCACUGUGGACAGGGAAUGUGUGUACACACUCUGCUUUAUUGUACUGUCCUAAGUACUUAGUGCAGUGUUCUACAUAGAGAAAGCACUCAAAAGUAUGACUGAUCGACUGAUUGAAAAAUCAGGGAGUGUUCUUCUGACAACACGUGUCUGUCUGGAUACAGUGCGAUAUAGUGUCAGACAUGGGGUGAGUUCGCCCUCGUGUUUUCCUUAAUGCGGGAUUCUGCAAGGAUGCAAUCCCUACAUUUUAGGAGAACCAAAUGUUGAAGGUUUUGUGUGUUUAAUGAAAGCCUUCUGUAGCCAAUGACAGUGCAGCAAAAAUAUCCACCUCUGGUAUGCAUUGACUAUUCAUGGCACAUCCAUACUUAAUUCUUACAAUAUGACCACUCUCAGCACCCUAGAUAUCAGAAUGUAUAUUCAUCUUAUGUGACUUACUUUAUUUCAUUAUGUUUAUAUAUUAUCUACUAUUUGGGAAAAGCAUUUUAAGUUACAGUAAAAUAUAUACUGCCUCAGCCUAGGUUUCUCUUUUGGAGUAGUGUUCUAUUAACAGUCUUCCAUGUAACUUUGUUUAGAGGAUGGGGAGGGCAGUGUCCAAAUAUGAAAAUGUAAAUUGCCCUCAUCUUCUCUCAAGCAUUCAACUAAAUAGAAUUCUAUAUUGAGGCCAGGGUGUACCGGAGAGUAUGCCCCAUAUGCUCGUAAUGUAUGGCUAUAUUUGUGUUCUUGCAGCAUCUUAAUAAAGGAAAUUGGAUGGGGAUUUUCUUACCAGAUUUGACUUUGUCAUAAUAAAGAUUGUGCAGUAUUUUA